AUGCCUGUUGUAGUGAAGCCCCAGCCGGAGAUUGUUGGGACCAACACCGACGUGGCUUUCACAUCUUCGCGUGAAAUCCUCAGUGCCGCAUCGACUGCUUGGAAAAACUCGAAGGACGGGGAGUCAGAGGGGUACUUUGAACAACAUCCUCAGUAUGGAGUGCAAAUGGCUCAGCUGUGGCAACAGCCAGUAGUCACCGAAACCCGUCCCAUCGUCUCAUCCUCCUUCAAUGACGAGGACACUGUGGUUGUCUACGGCGGCGGCUUUGUUCAUUGCGUCAUGCGCGCAUUCCAACAAGACUUACAUCUAGUGAUUCGGCCUGAUGACCUUUGGCAGGCUAUCUUGACGCAAUUAAGCUUCUUUGUUGUGGGACACGCGGAAGAGCUGCGACAUCUUUUUGUGGCCCACGAGGGUAAAACAGAAGUCGUGUUGGACAUUACACCUCAUAGUUUCAAUGACCUCCCUCCUGGCCUGUUCGCCCGUCUCUUCGUUGACCGGAUGCAAGAGCAACUGGUUGACAAGGAACUCGCAGAGUGGUUCCUGCCAAAAUUCACCACAACGACGUCAAAUGACACUGCGACUGCCUCCCUCACGAUGAUGGCGACAACGAAACAAUACUUCAAAUUCGUCAUGCGCAUGGGUUGUGGUUUUCCCUCUGUGACGUUACUAGGAGAGCGCACUGAUUGGGAAGAGAUUUUACGUCGGGUUGGGAGAUUGGGGAUGUAUGGGGCCGAGGCCGCCGAAUGGGGAGCGCUUCUCACGAUUGUGGUCCACCAUAUUCUUGAGUGCUUUGACCAUCCUGAAGCUCAGGGAAGCAAAGACUUUUGGAUGCGUGCCGUCCAACAGGCAGGGAGGUUUGGCUCUAGGACUAUCAAGACACUUUCUGGAUGGCUGACGACGUUCUGCUUCUGGGACGAGCAAGGCAAACGUAUUUAUGAUAUGGGUACUCCGAAAACGUUCCGGAAUAUGCAAGGGAGACUCCAGAAAGAUCAAGUCCCUCUUGUUUUGGGGGGCGUCCGGUUUCCACUCAUCUCACCAACGGUCCCGGCGUCGACUGCGCGGGUGAACAUGCUCUGUUUCGACCAGGAGCGGCAGGUGAAGAUGAAAACUGAGCUUAUUGCUGGUCAUGUAGGAGCAACCGUGGUCGGCGCAGGAAGCGAUACGUUGCAGCCGCGUUCUGGGUGGUGGAUGCUCAACGUUGGAGAAGAGCCUAUGUAA